AUGAAUCAUUCUUGUGAUCUCAUCAAAUCUCUCCAAAAUUUAGUCAACUCAAUAGCUCAAUCAUUUAAUGAUUUGAGAGAAAAGACAAUGAGUGAAGAUUAUUGUCAAAGAUGUUACAAUGUUUGCUCUGAAACAAUUGAAUAUUUUAAUACUAUUUUGAUGGAUCAGCAAACAAGUGUUCAAGUCAAAAGAAGUGUUCAAGCAAACAUUGUACUAUUGUGUUGGUAUGCUCAUCAAUUUACCAGAUUAAGUGGUCAAGUUGUUAGUGGUGAUCUAAGUGCAAGAAAUAGUCUGAUCAAGUGGCAAGACCUUGAGAAUGCCUUUUCAAAUAAUAUUAAAACUGGUUGUGUUGUAAAUCGUGCCCAUACUGAUUUAAGAGAAUUUUUAAAUGACUCAAAAGAUUUAGUUAUUGAAAAAAUUGGAAGUAUGAUGAGAAAUGCUGGAAACCUCAAAGUUAAUGUAGAAUUGUUCUGUAUAUUCAGAAAUUCAAAAAAUGGUGAUACAGUUGAAGAAAAAAAGUCUUUUAACACGAAAAGCCGUGAGAUAAUACAAGCUACACGAUUAGAUGAAUGGUACAUGGACAAUGUGUACCAUAAAUUAUUGAAGAAAGUUGAAGAAUUCAAUCAAAAAGAUUCAGGAUGGAGUUUGGUGGAAAUUAACAACUUGGUUGUAACCAUGUCAACAUUUUUACCUCUACCGGCUGGUGAAUCAACGUAUGUGCAACUGCCUAAAGAUAUUCAACACAAAAGAGCGAAAAAUAUGAAUACUCACGAUAAUGAUAUGAAAAAUUAUGAACCUAGAUUUCACUUUGCUCUGAUAAAAAAUUUAUCAAGGUUGGUUAAAAGUCAAUUAUCCAAAGGUCAUUCAAAGUUAUUUUUUUGUGAUCGAUGUCUUAAUCAUUAUAAAAAAAAAAAUCGUUUCAUCAACACAAACUUGAUUGUUUUAAAAUAA